ACAUGAGACGUCAUAAAUAAGUGGAAUCCUGGAACCUGCCAUCAACACAAAAUUGUUUGUUUAUUGUAAUAAAUUACAAAAAAAUCUUUAAAAAAAUGUUUAAGAAAAACAAAAAUACAAUUCAACCACCGACAUCUCCUUCUGUAAACGAGCUCCUAGAGGACAUAGGGACAUUUCACGUCGAAAGACCUGUAACAAGUAAGACUCGAAGUCUAGAAACAGGCCACAAUCUCUCGGAAUGGUGGAAAUCCUUUGAGACCUUCGUCGAAGAUAUUGAGGAUUUAACAAGUAUACACACCGAAAUCAAUGGUUACAAAUUGAAACUAGAAUCUGCUAAAUUGGAUGUAGAAACUAAAUCCAAAGUUAUUAAGAACGAUGUGGGUGAUAAUUUGAAAGCGGCUGAUAUCAGUUGAAGAUUCUUUUUCAUGUUUCUUGUUGGAAUUUAGUUGGUAAACAUUUCUAAUGUGGCAGAAAAAAAAAACAAUUGUAAAAUAAAAGAAUUAUUAAAAAGUA